UCCGAACCGCAGUCGGAGAGGAGGAGUUGAGGGUUCGUUUGUGUAUAUAAAAUCUCGAAGGAAACUCUGAGAAAGCAGCAAAUGUUUGUCUAUGUCCUCCAAAAAACCGCUUGACCUAACCACCAGCGACGGCGAAGAAGACCCGCUCCGGCAGUGAUGGGAAGAAGAAGAAGAAGAAAAAAGAGACAACGAAGCCCAAGUUGGAGUUGGAGGAGGCUAAUAAGUCAUUCUACAUGUGUUGUCUAGAGCACAGGAGAGACUGGGUGGCUUAUGUUGUCCGCACCAUCAAACUGUCGGAUUUGUUAUCAUCUUCGGCGGUGGGGGUGGGGGACGAUCCACCGCGAUUACGGCAAGUCGCUUAUGAGGCCGGUACGCAUCUCCCCGGAUCUGUGGGUUGCGGUGUUUGGGGAUCUCAAAUUGUUUUCACCGGCGGCGUGACACCCAGCUCCCCUUUCGGCUUCAGGACAAUAGGUCCUGACUCAAUUUGGCAUACAAAUGUUUAUGCCUUUGAAACUCACACAAAUGAGAUCAGAAAGCUUGAUGCCAAUUUACAAGGAGGGAAAAUGCAACCUUUGAUGGUGGAGCUGGCGGGCAAACUGUACGCUCUUUCCUAUAGGCUGGUCGGCCAUCCUCCCUCAUUUGAGGUAUUUGACCCUAAAAUAGGCAAGUGGGAAGGUUUACCCCAACCUCCAUUUUUCCAAGUUGGCUCUCCAUGGUAACUUCUCUUAUGCAAUCGCCGGCACAAAGAUGUUUGCCUCCCAUGAAAAAUGUCCAGUGUUCUGCUUUGACGUCGCCCACCCGGAUAGAGAAUGGAGACUAGUCCCUACUAUGUGCCGGGGUGGCCCUUUUCCCUUCGAUAACAGCGCUUUAGUCCUGGACCUGCAGGGGGACGAUGACAAGAAAAUAAUGAUUGCCUACAGUUAUGAGCCUUGGCGUCUAUGGGUAUAUGUCUUAUGUCAUUGUCUGAAAACCAAGAAAUUAUCACAAAAAUCGGUGAGCUGAGGCUGCCGGUGUUGCCUUAUGAAUUGGGUUCGCCACAACGCUGUGAAUUUUUGCACAUAGGAGGUCACAAAGCCUGCCUUGUUGUCACCGAAUUCGACUUCCUUGGUGGAGACGCUUCUGCCCGUAACGGUACUGAUAAGAUACACGGUGCAGUCAUACCAUUUCAAUUUGAAGUUGAUAUCACCAAGGUGGACAAGGACAAGAAAAAUUGUUUAACACUCCAAUUCAUGCCUCUUCGCAGCUUCGAAUACCAUACCAACCCAUCCAACUUUCCUGCACCUGAAACGGCUUAUUCAAAAAUUUUGUCUUCUGAUUGCGCAAUAUGGUUGUCUAAAGGCACAGAGCUUCACCAUCCCUGGCUUAAUGAAAUUCGAUCAUCCUUGUUCCUAAUUUUGGGGAAAUGUAUGAUUAAUCAUUCAGCUAUAAAGGCGGUAUCUGUAUGCAUGUAUUCUUGCAGGAUGGAAGCUGAAUUCAGGCUCUAUAUGAGCGGUCAUUUGCACAUCCAAGAUUCAAAAGGCUUCAACUUGUGCAACCAAAGAUGUUCGCUCAUAGGCAUUGUUUAA